GAUCGUUUUAUAACGCGAUUAAAGAAACUUCGUGAGCAUCACAAGAAGCAGGAGGAGAAGUAUCAGCACAUCCUCAACCAGCAGGAAAAGGAGCAGCAGAAGACUUUAGAGCUGCUGAACAAGGUAAGAGAAUCUCAGGUAAACCUUCUAAUGAACCUACUUGGGCUCCAUGUCUGAAAUAAGUAGCUGAUAUUUAGAUGAGUCGCGUGACUCGGUUAUACUGUUUAACUGUAGUGGAUGAAGUUCAGUGUUAGAGCAGAGAGUCGCUCUUUAACUCGCUUUAUUUAUUUCACAAUUUAAACACUUCAGUUCAUUAAACCGCUCAGACGCCAUACAGCACGUGCCGGUUCAGCGCGUGUCGGUUCAGCAGCUCGUGCUCGUGUAUCUAACGGCUGUUCGGCUCGUGCGCGUUCACAGUUCAGCGGUUCGGUUCGGCUCGGCUCGGCACUGCAGUCGCACACGCGUGGUAGCAUGGAGAACACAAAGCCUGUUGGCCGAGUGAGGCCAAACAAGAAGGCUGAGCAGGAAGAGAGUGACGAGUCCAUUAAUUUGUCUGAAGAGGAUCUGGUGUCAUCACAUUCGGAAUAUGAACCUGAUGGCAGCGAGUCUGACUCUGAAAGUUGUCUCUCCCUUUCAACCCAGCUGUCUUCCAGCUCGGUCCUGUCCAAGGAAGUUGAAAACGAUGGUGAAUGUCCGCCAGGCGAAAAGAAGCAAACGACAUCCUCGAGAGCUCCACCCCCUCAGGAUCAUUUGGAGACGGGUGUCGAGGGUUCUUGUGGAGAACAACAAUCAGAUGGUGAAUGUCUGCCAGGCAAAAAGAAGGAAAAGAGGUCCUCAAAGGCUUCAUCCCCGAAAGAUAAGUUAGCAACAUGUGAAGAGGAUUCUUGUGGAGAAGAAAAAUCAAACCGUGAAUGUUCGCCAGUCAAAAAGAAGCAAAAGAUGUCCUCUGGAGCGUCAUCCCAAGAAGAUCAUUUGGAGACAAGUGACAAGGAUACUUCUGCAGAACAACAAUCAGAGAACGUUCGUUCCCCUGUCCAAAAGAAGAGGCCUUCCUCCAGGACUCAAAAUGCAGACCUUGUUGAAGAUGUAGAGACAAGAAAAUCAGAUCGUAAACACACAGUCCAGCCCAGGCGACCAUGGACCGACAGAGAGAAGGAGGCAGUGUGGCGUCACCUGACAAAGUAUCGUGCCCUAAAGAAAGUUCCAGUAAAAGCGGACUGCCUUCGGUGCAUCCAAGCAGAGCUUGCUUUGAAGACAAGAACAUGGAAAGACAUCAAAAAUUUUGUUUACAAUAGUAUUACAACAGAAAAGCGAAAGGCUGCUUCUCUCAUUACAAAAACCUAGACAGUAGAUCUGUUUAAGGUACUUUGCACUUUACAGUACAGUUACAGUUCAGAUCAGUGCAGCUGCACACCACUGUUCCAGUUAACCCUGCAGCUCCACACUACAGUUCAGGUGACUGUACACUACUGUUAAUGUAGAACUACCUCUACA